UUAGGGUUUAUAGGAAGAAAGAGGUAUGGGACGUGUUAAGCUGGAGAUUAAGAGAAUAGAAAACAACACCAAUCGUCAGGUCACUUUUUCCAAACGGAGGAAUGGGUUGAUUAAAAAGGCUUAUGAACUUUCCAUCCUUUGUGAUAUUGAUAUUGCUCUUAUCAUGUUCUCUCCUUCUGGUCGUAUUAGCCAUUUUUCUGGAAGAAGAAGGAUCGAGGAUGUCUUUAUGCGUUACAUUAAUCUCCCCGAUAGAGAAAGAGAACAUGCUGUGAUUUUCCCUGAACAAAUCAGACAUCCUGAUAUCCAAAACAAAGAGUAUUUGCUUAGGAUUCUCCAGCAGCUAAGGAGUGAAAAUGAUAUUGCUCUUCAACUUGCCAAUCCAACAUCCUUUAACUCUGAUUUUAAGGAAAUCCAGCAAGAAAUUGUAAGGUUACAACAACAACUUCAAAUGGUUGAAGAACAACUAAGGACAUAUGAACCUGAUCCUUUUAGGUUCACAUCGAUGGCUGAGCUUGAAUCUUGUGAGAAACAUCUUGUUGAAACAUUAGGAAAUGUUGUGCAACGAAAGGAAUACAUAUUGAGCAACCAUAUAUCUUCUUAUGAUCCAUCUCCUAUACAGGUACAGCAAGGAUUACCUUCCUUCGAGAAUGAGGUCGUCAAUUGGCAGCUCCCUGAUAAUGGCCAAAACCAAUCCCAAAUCUUCGAUGCUUCAGCAUCUUUAAAUUCUCUCAGGGAUCUUUCAUCGACUGUGUACGAUCCAUUGCUGCAAGGACGCAUAUCAAAUGUUGAUCCAAACAACAUGGGAGGAGAUCAAUGCCACGUCUCGAACCCGAAUGCCGAAAAUUUCAUACCAUGGCCUCAGUCUUUUGCUUCUGCAGGGCUUCAGUCCAAUUCUAUGCCACCAAACUUAUAUUCCCAUGUUCAGCAUGGAAUGGUGGGGCAUCAGGAGAUGGCAGAAAUGGUAGCAAAUGAGCAGCAGCAAAUGGAAAUUCCAGGGAACUAUAAUUCACAUGGUCAGAUGACAGAUAAUGAAGGCUCAAACUAUGAGAAUAGAGUUCAAGAACAACACAAUGGGCAAUGACCAUGCAUGCAUGCCCUUCUCACACUGCUAUAUAACAAAUUCAAUUUCCUGUUGUAAUAUUCCAAAACCCUAGGCCAUGCUUCCUUGGGA